AUGUCCCUCAGCACUCCCCUCCGCCGUACCGCGGCCACCACCUCCCGUGUCCAGACCUCCACCAGCUUCAUCUGUUCGCAAUGCCGACAUGCGUCUCUCCUUCGUCGUCCUAGACGCCCUUACCAAUUCACCCAGCUGAUUACCCUGACCGACGGCAGCACCUUCACCCACCGUACCUCUUCUCCUCUCCCCGUCUACCGCUCGACUCGUGACACGCGCAACACUCUGCUCUGGAACCCUACCUCAAGCAAGCUGAAGAGCGUUGAGGAUGAUGAGGCUGGUCGAUUGGCGGCUUUCAGAGCUAAGUUCGGUCGCAGCUGGGAUGUGAACACGCCUGUGGAGGACUCUUCCAAGACGACGGACAAGUCGGCACAAAGUAAGGAGGCUGCUGCUGCGGAGGCCGCUGCCGCUGCUGAGGAAGAGGACGACAACCUGCUGGAUUUGAUCAGUUCGUUUGGUCAGGAGGAGCAGCAGGCUUCUCAGAAGAAGAAGAAGGAUUGA